CAAGUGAGAGGAGGUACACAUUUCAAAGCCCCUCACUCUUAGACGAAAUGUACAUCACUGCCUGUGGUCUGGUGUGCUAGAAGAAGCUAGAAGAAGCGUGUAGCCUACACAUGGCAAGACACAAAUCAGUCAGGUGUUGUGAAAAUGUUGCAUUUGAGGUGUUAAAGAAGAUGGUCUUAUUGGUCUUAUUGCUUUUCAAUGGUGUAUCUGGAGAUUAUUCAGAUGAAAUGGUGAUCUCAGUGAUGGAGGGAGAUUCUGUCACUUUAAACACUAAUGUUACUGAACUACAGCAAGAUGCUCUGAUACUGUGGAUGUUUAGAUUUAACCAUUCAGAGACUCGUAUCGCUAAUAUCUAUAAACGGAUUGUCUCUGUGUAUGAUAAUAAAGAGAAUACUGAGAGAUUCAGAGACAGACUAAAGAUAGAUGAGCAGACAGGAUCACUGACCAUCACAAACAUCAACAAAUUACACUCUGGACUUUAUAAACUACAGAUCAUCAGAGGAGAUGUCAAACACAAGAGCUUCAAUCUCGCUGUCUUUGCUCUUCUGUCUGUUCCAGUCAUCAGUGAUUCUCCUCAAAACCAAUUAGUGUCUGAAAGAUCUUCAGUGUCCAGAUGUUCACUGCUGUGUUCAGCUGUGAAUGUGAGUCAUGUGACUCUCUCCUGGUACAAAGGAAACAGUUUAUUGUCCAGCAUCAGUGUGUCUGAUCUCAGCAUCAGUCUCUCUCUACCUCUGGAGCUUGAGUGUCUGGAUGAUUCAUACAGCUGUGUUGUGGCUUAUUCAUUCAUCAACCGAACUACACACCUCAGCAUCACUGAUCUCUGUCAGACAUGUUCAGAUGGUCUUCAUGUGCCUUUCAAAGGUAUAAUUGCUGCUGUAUUUCUGCUGCUGUCAGCGAUCUCAGUUUUAGCUGUGUGGAUAUUCUGUCGCCGCAGGAGCCACAAAAAAGCAAUACAAGAAAGCAAGUAUUAACUAUAUAUUCAACAGAUUUUUUUAUUAUUAUUUUCUAUGUUUUAAAUGUAAUUUUACUAAACAGCUUGGACUACUGUGGAAGAGGUGGAGUACACUGAUCCAACAUUUACUACAAACAGAGCUCAAAAUACGGAGACUAAUGGACAGAGUCAGACAGAGUAUUCAGAGCUGUCUUUCAGAUGAUGAUCUUUAAGACUCUUUUAUUAUACAGCUCAUCUUAUUACAGGCCAGAGCAUGUUGGAGCAUAUAUCAGUAUGUAACAAAGCUUCAAGUCUCUGAGUUGAACUACAAAUCUACUGGUUGUGGCAUUGUUUACUACAAAUGAGUGUAUUUCAUCAUGCAAUUACUUCAUGAAAAAAAUGUGGUCUUUAAUAAGAAAGAAAGACCAGAAGUCUAAAGUAUCCACAACAGACAUAUUCAUGAGACGCUCCAUACAUUUCUGAUCUCAGUCAUGUCUGCAGCUGCACAUCUUGUCUAGACUUGAUUCUUGGUGGUUUGUGUUCAGUAUUAUUUUCACACCCCUCCACAUGAUUGCUAUCAUAGCUCUGAUUAUGAGUCAUGGAAACAAGACAAAAUAGAUCAAAAGAAGGAUUAGAAAAAGAACACCAGCAUGAGCUACAUAAUGAGUACAAAUGCAGACAGUGUUUUAGAUACAUGUAAUCAUUGAGGAGUGCCAAAAUUCGGUCGUGGAAGGCCCCAAAAAGCUCUAACUCCAAAUAGACACACCUGAAGCAGCUAAUCAAGCUCUUACUAUGCUAGAAACUUCAAGGCAGGUGUGUUGAGGCAAGAUGGAGCUAAACUCUGCAGGACACCAGCCCUGCAGGACAGAGUUUGGACAUCUCUGCUCUCUCUGCUGAAUAUUUGUGGGUUUUACAUGUAACAUGAUCAAGUCGGCCCCUGCUGGUAGAUAAUAACAGGUACACAAUGUGUGUGACAAAAUGCAUAUCAAUAUCUACUGACAGCAUUACGAACUGGAUUAUCUGUGUAUUCUGAAGAAGGCAAUUCAACAACCCAGCUAAAAAAACAACUAUGCUAAAGCUGAUAUCAUUAAAACGUCAUUAAAAUGUCAUUUUAUUUAUUGCUACCUACCAGUGACAGUACAUUCAGCUAAAGAUGGAAAUCCCUCGAUUGUUUUGAUUACUGAUGUGUCAUAUAUUUGGUGUAAACUGGUGUAUGAAUUUACACACUGCUUUAAACAUUGUAGCAUAAUAAUUAUCAAGCAACUGCAAACAAGUUUUAAUCUUAGUAGUGUUCAGUAAGAAAUGGACUGAGACUGGUCACCUAUUGAAGUUAAACAGGGUUGAUCUUGAUUUUUACUUCUUGAAAGUAUUGAGUAUUGACAAUAUUCACUGAAACUGUUUGACAGGAAUAGGUUUUAUUAUUUGUGCCAAAAGCAUACUAGCAGUUUUUGUCCUUAUUUUCUGUUUUUGCUGUGGUGUAGUUUCAGUGGCUGUAGAAAUGGUUUGUAUUUCCUGAAAAAUAAACACAUUUAAACGUG